ACCACAAACACCUAUCAGUUUUAUAAACUUUAUUACCCACAUUUACUUUAUUAUUACACUAAAGUCUAUUGUUAUAAACUUCAUUUCCUCAGAUUCAGCUGUGACAACUGCUGGCCCUCUCUGUCUUGGCAAAGAACUUUGUUCGUAGGCCUACCCUUCCCCUGUGACCUUUGGACCCUGCUGUUCUUUCCUCCCACCUCAGACUCCAGAAGACCCUGCCCAGCAGCCCUUCUCCCCCGAAAGCCAAAUGCAGCAGGAGGCAGGCCCCCCCAUUAGCAUCGGAUGGCAAAGCCCACCAGGGCUAACAAGUGCCUGGGUGCUCCCCAGCAGGCAGAAAACGGCUGCACCCACUGCCUACACCUGCUUUCUGCCCCUCAGGACAGGGCCUCCCACUCCCUGCCCCCUGCAUCCUGGGUGUGGCACUUCUCAGAGGCAGCACCCAGGGUUGGCUGGGGUUGGGCCUCUGAGAACCCGCCUCCUGUCUUUUCUAGGCCUUAAAUUAACAACAGUUCCUGUUUCCUGUCUUAGGCAGCAGUCUUGCCAGCCAAGCUCCCUCCAAUCCUGAGAAAACUACCCUGCACAGGAGCAGGUGGUGGGGCGAGCCCACACCUUGACUGUGCUCUUCAUCCUCACCUGUGCGCUUGGCUACGUGACACUGCUGGAAGAAACACCUCAGGACACAGCCUACAACACCAAGAGAGGUAUUGUGGCCAGUAUUUUGGUUUUCUUAUGUUUUGGAGUCACACAAGCUAAAGACGGGCCAUUUUCCAGACCUCAUCCAGCUUACUGGAGGUUUUGGCUGUGCGUUAGUGUGGUCUACGAACUGUUUCUCAUCUUUAUACUCUUCCAGACGGUGCAGGAUGGCCGGCAGUUUCUGAAAUACAUCGACCCCAGCCUAGGGGUCCCACUGCCCGAGAGGGACUAUGGGGGAAACUGCCUCAUCUAUGACGCGGACAACAAGACGGAUCCCUUCCACAACGUCUGGGAUAAGCUGGAUGGCUUUGUUCCCGCACACUUUCUUGGCUGGUACCUGAAGACGCUGAUGAUCCGGGACUGGUGGAUGUGCAUGAUCGUGAGCGUGAUGUUCGAGUGCCUGGAGUACAGCCUGGAACACCAGCUGCCCAACUUCAGCGAGUGCUGGUGGGACCACUGGAUCAUGGAUGUGCUCAUCUGCAACGGGCUGGGCAUCUACUGUGGCAUGAAGACCCUCGAGUGGCUGUCCCUGAAGACCUAUAAGUGGCAGGGCCUCUGGAACAUUCCAACGUACAAGGGCAAGAUGAAGAGGAUUGCCUUCCAGUUCACACCCUACAGCUGGGUCCGGUUUGAGUGGAAGCCUGCCUCCAGCCUGCGCCGCUGGCUGGCCGUGUGCGGCAUCAUCUUGGUGUUUUUGCUGGCAGAGCUGAACACGUUCUACUUGAAGUUCGUGCUGUGGAUGCCACCAGAGCACUGCCUGGUCCUCCUGCGGCUCGUCUUCUUCGUGAAUGUGGGUGGCGUGGCCAUGCGGGAGAUCUACGACUUCAUGGAUGACCCGAAGCCCCACAAGAAGUUGGGCCAGCAGGCCUGGCUGGUGGCAGCCAUCACGGUCACGGAGCUGCUCAUUGUCGUGAAGUACGACCCCCACACACUCACCCUGUCCCUGCCCUUCUACAUCUCCCAGUGCUGGACGCUUGGCUCUGUCCUGGUGCUCACCUGGACUGUCUGGCGCUUCUUCCUGCGGGACAUCACCUUGAGGUACAAGGAGACCCGGCGGCAAAAGCAGCAGAGCCCGAGUAGUCAGGACAGAGCCGUCGGCAAUGGGGACCAGCACCUGCCAGGGCUGGAUGAAGACCUGCUGGGGCCUGGAGUGAUUGAGGGGAAGCAGGUGUCCACUCCACACUGACUAGUGCGUUCACCCCCAGAGCCUCCUGGAAACUGGGCCCCCAGGAGCUGUUGCUUGGCCUCACCUCGAGGUCUUAUUUUCCUUUCUCCUGGACACUCCACCCAGCAGGGAUUGAGGAGGGAUGAAGGAAGCCCCACCCAGCUUCAUCUCCAUGUGUGCACGUAUGUAUGUGUGCAUGUAAACAUGUACACAUGGUGGCUACGUGUGGUGUACACAUGUGUCCUUGGCUUCUGAGGCUUCUCCAGACCCAUGAGCUGGUGGCAGGGCCAGGGCAGCUGGUUCCUCUGGAGGGAGGGUCUCUGCUCCCUCCUGCCUGCUCAGCCCAGUGACCUUGGGCCCACUGGCCGCCCCAUCACCCAGCCCUGGCAUGGCAUAGUCCUGGGCAUCUUGUACUCUUAUCUCCCUUGGCCCAGGCGCUCUGAGGUGGUGUGUGUGUGAAGGAGGCUCAGCCAUACACUCAGUGGCUGGAAGCACUGAUCAGGUUUUCUCUGGUCUUCGUUUAAUAGACUAACUUGGUGGUAUGUGGAUGGGGUCAAGGAUCACUGGACUGGCUCCUCCGGUUGCACUGAGUCAGAAACUCUAGGGGCCAGAGGACUGUAACUUGGUGCUGGGAUUACAUAGUCUCUGUGAGUCCCUGAGUUUGGGUCAUCCCCAUGAACAAACAGAACAAAUAAAGUGGUGACGAAG